AUGCACGGCCCGACGUCGAUUAUGUGCACCCAGGCGCUGUCGAGCGGGCAUGCGCGGGCAGAGAUCAAGUACCACAAUGUGUCGCGGACCCAGGCCGUCCAGCCGUCGACGUGCAAAUCGUGCGAGUUUCUGGUCCCGCUGGCGUCGGCGUCAUCCCAGGUAUCGACUCCGGGCGGGUCCACCAGAUCAGAUCUUAGCGGCAUUGAUCCCACUCCUCACGCUCCUCCUGCCAGUGCAAUUUCAGACAGUACAGCCAGUGGGACGAACAGUUCGACGACUCGUCCAGCGUGUGUGAAAACGGAAAUCAAGCCGCGAACCGCCAGUUUCGGCGGUCUGGUUUGUGUAUCGUCGCAUUACCCAGCAUCCCAAGCAAGAUAUACCGCCAUUCGUCAGACAUGUCUGCGAAUGUUAUCAUCCGAACACACUUUUAAUGACAGCACGCCCAUGCUGUUUUCCGACCCGUCAAUUGGCAGUGCCAUUAUUCUUGUGUUCAUGGUCCAGGACGAGCAAUCGCGAGGUCUCGUUCGACGGUACGGCAUCACUUGUGUCAGUGAAGACGAGACCCUACUGGUCGAAGCAUGGAACAUUGUAGCUCCCCAGAUCGAAAACAUAUCAAAAUCCAUCCAAAAGCGAGCAGCUCUGCAAUCGCAAAAACAUGUCGUGUCAGCAUCCUACUCAGGUGGACCCGAACGGUACCUCCGCAAACGCGACACCAACCAACCGGCCCGCAGCCUAUGCACCAUCGUCAACGACGACGAGCUCUUCCUCGAGAUCCACGCCAAAUUCUCCCGCAUCCUCUCCGAACUCCAAUCCACGAUUUGA